CUUUGCGGAUUUCCUGCAAGUUGUGUGUUGGAACGACCAGAAAGUGGGCUUUGGUUAUUAAUAAUAGUGCACAUCAAAUUCGAUUGGUAUGGCUGAUCCGAGUGAGAACAUAUACAACUUGACUUCUGGCCAGGGGACGACCAUGACGCCCUUGUACACGAUCAUGAUGCACGCAGAACUGGAUGGCCAGAAGCAGCUGGGACCGGAAAUGGCGGAGCUGCUGGAGUGGCUGGGACGCUGCUUGAAGAUUGUCAUUUCGGACGGACGUGUCCUGAUGGGAACGUUUCUGCAAACGGAUGUUGAUGUCAAUAUAGUCCUCGGCAACUGUUCCGAGUAUCCGGUGGGGAAUGGACUGCCCAAAUUCUUGGGCACCGUAAAAGUCCCAUGCGAGCACAUUGUCUGCAUGUGCAUCCACGGGGGGCCAUAAGCCCCAAAGGCGCAGUACAGUACAGUCCAGACCUUUCUUAGAUUCAAUUCAACCGAAUAAACUUGUAUUUGAAA